UAUAAGAUGCAGAGAAACCACUCGGCAGCAUCAGUCAUUGCCUGCUCGCAGCCGACCAUCUUCAGCAGCAGCAAUGAGGAUCCUGGUGUGCGUGUUCCUGUUCGGACUGGCUCUUGCCGAGGAGAAACAAGUCGAAAAACGCGGUCUGGUUGGAUCCCUGGGCAGCUACGACCACGGAAUAAUUGGCGGUUAUGGUGGUGGCUACGGAGGUGGGUAUGGAGGCGGCUAUGAUGGUGGCUAUGGUGGAGGCUUUGGAGGCGGCUACGGAGGCGGCUAUGGAGGUGGCAUCAGCUCGGCUGUUGGAGGCGCCAGAGUGACCAACAUCGCCAUCACCAAGCAGGUCCCCGUUCCAUACCCAGUAACAGUGCAGCGUACUGUCCCAGUACCAGUCAAGGUUCCUGUCACAGUACCAGUCAACAGGCCGGUACCGGUGCCCGUCCCACAGCCGUACCCUGUCCCCGUGCAGAGGCCAGUCCCAGUACCCGUGAGUGUCCCUAGCCCAGUCCCUGUACCAGUACCACAGCCCGUCGUCGUCAACCAGCCCGUACCUGUCGUCGUGGGAGGCGGAGCUGGUAUUGGCGGAGGUCUCGGAGGCGGCUACGGCGGUGGCUAUGGCGGCGGGUUCGGUGGAGGCUACGGUGGAGGCUACGGUGGUGCCAUCGGCGGUGGCUACGGCGGUGGUUACACUGGAGGCAUAUCUGGAGGCUAUGGAGGCUACGGGAAAUACAGCCACGUGUGCUUGCUCCUGUUCGUGCCGGCGCUAGCUGAGGAGAAACAAGGGGAGAGGCGUGGAUUGGACGGCCACCUGAGUAGCUAUGGUGGCGAUGGAAACCGAUCGUCUACCGACCACACACUCGGCACCAGCAGCGCCAUUAGUUAUGGGAGCGGCUAUGGAGGCGACUACAGACGCGGUUAUGGAGAUGGUAUCAGCUCUGCUCGAGUGACCAGAAUUGCACUCACCAAGCAGAUCCCCAGCCAGUACCCAGUAACAGAGCAGCCCACUGAUCAAGAGACAACCACUGCUCCGAUCUACUUACCAAUAGUAGUGCUCCCCCCAAGGCCGUACACUGUCCGUAUCCCUGUGAAGAGACCGGAGGUGGAAGGGAAGGGUAGUGUAUAUAAGCUCCAGAGAGAAGCUCAGGCAGCAUCAAUUAUUGCCUGCGACGCAUCCACCAUCUUCAGCAGCGCAAUGAGGAUCCUGGUCUGUGUGUUGCUGUUUGGACUGGCUCUGGCCGAGGAGAAGCAAGUGGAAAAGCGUGGGCUGAUUGGCUACCUGGGUAGCUAUGGCGGCGGUGGGUACGGAUCGACUAUCGACCACGGCAUCGGCGCCAGCAGCUACAGCAGCGGCGGGAUCAGUGGUGGAUACGGGGGUGGCUACGCUGGUGGUUAUGGAGGUGGCUUUGGAGGCGGCUAUGGAGGCGGCUAUGGAGGCGGCAUCGCCUCUGCUGUUGGAGGCGCUCGCGUCACCAACAUCGCCAUCACCAAGCAGGUGCCCAUCCCGUACCCAGUACCAGUGCAGCGUACUGUCCCAGUACCAGUCAGGGUUCCUGUCACGGUGCCAGUCAACAGGCCUGUACCGGUGCCCGUCCCACAGCCGUACCCUGUCCCCGUGCAGAGGCCAGUCCCAGUACCCGUGAGUGUCCCUAGCCCAGUCCCCGUACCAGUACCACAGCCCGUCGUCGUCAACCAGCCGGUACCUGUCGUCGUGGGAGGCGGAGCUGGUGUCGGCGGAGGUCUCGCAGGCGGCUACGGCGGCGGCAUUGGUGGAGGCUACGGUGGAGGCUACGGAGGAGACAUCGGAGGUGGUUACAGCGGUGGCUAUAGCGGUAGCUACGGCGGUGGCUACGGAGGUGGCUACUCUGGAGGUAUUGCUGGAGGCUAUGGAGGCUACGGGAAAUACAGCCACUAACAUCAGCAGCUGAACCCAACACCUUAGACGAAACAUGCCACCAGAGAUUCAUUGUAUAUGUAUUACAAUGUUUUGUAACAACAGCAGAAAAUAAAAAGCAUUUCUUAGAUAGA